UGCUGUUGUUAACUGGGGAAGAUAAUUGAUACGCUUACCCACUGGGAUGCAAAAUAUGUUACUUUUAUUGAGAUCGUGUUUUACCGAGCCCCACUUGACGCGCAUGCGCGUGCCGCCGCCAACGCACCUGCGUUGAGGUUUGCGAAGUUAAACGGAGAUUCGCUGUCAGGAUGAGCUUUUAUGCAAAAUGAAAAUACUCGCGUCAAUUUCAAACAUUUACAGGUUGGCUUUGAGCAGUUUCUCUAGGAUGAGCUCCAACUGCUCCGAUGAGUUUUUCCAGGCCACAAACCAUGCGGAACAGACCUUUCGAAAGAUGGAGACCUAUCUUCAGCACAAGCAGCUGUGUGAUGUACUUUUGAUAGCUGGAGACCACAAGAUCCCUGCACACAGACUUGUCCUGAGCGCAGUUUCAGACUACUUUGCUGCCAUGUUCACCAAUGACGUCAGGGAGGCAAAACAAGAGGAAAUUAAAAUGGAGGGUGUAGAUCCUGAGGCGUUGCGAGCACUGGUUCAUUUUGCAUAUACUGGAGUCCUGGAGCUAAAAGAGGACACAAUUGAAAGUCUGUUAGCUGCUGCUUGUCUCCUCCAGCUCUCACAAGUUAUUCAGGUCUGCUGUAACUUUCUGAUGAAACAACUGCACCCUUCCAACUGCCUGGGGAUCCGUUCGUUUGCUGACGCUCAGGGAUGCAUGGAUCUUUUGAACGUGGCUCACAACUACACUGUGGAAAACUUUCUAGAGGUCAUUCAGAAUCAGGAGUUCCUCUUGCUGCCCACAACGGAAAUUGUCAAGCUUUUGGCCAGUGAUGACAUCAACGUUCCAGAUGAAGAAACGAUUUUCCAAGCCCUGAUGAUGUGGGUUCGCUAUGAUGUGCAGCACCGACAACGGGAUCUGGGAGUGUUGCUGGCAUAUAUUCGACUUCCCCUUUUACCACCACAGCUACUUGCUGAUCUGGAAAACAAUAAGAUGUUUUCAGAAGACCUGGAAUGCCAGAAGCUCCUGAUGGAAGCCAUGAAGUACCAUCUUUUGCCAGAACGCCGUCCCAUGCUACAGAGCCCAAGAACCAAACCACGGAAAUCCACUGUUGGAUCGCUCUAUGCUGUUGGAGGCAUGGACGCCUCUAAAGGGUCUACGACGAUAGAGAAAUAUGACCUUCGCACAAACCGAUGGAUCCAAGUUGGCAUCAUGAAUGGGCGAAGACUUCAGUUUGGGGUUUCAGUGAUUGAUAACAAACUCUACGUGGUUGGAGGAAGGGAUGGACUCAAGACCUCUAACAUGGUGGAGUGCUACAACCCAAUCACUAAAGUGUGGUCCACCAUGCCACCAAUGUCAACGCACAGACAUGGAUUAGGAAUUGCUGUGCUGGAGGGGCCUAUGUAUGCAGUGGGAGGCCAUGACGGAUGGAGCUAUUUGAACACAGUAGAAAGGUGGGACCCCCAGGCGAGGCAGUGGAAUUAUGUGGCCAGUAUGUCCACACCACGCAGCACAGUCGGGGUCACUGCUCUCAAUGGAAAGUUGUUUGCUGUCGGCGGUCGUGAUGGAAGCUCCUGUCUGCGAUCGAUGGAAUGUUUUGAUCCCCACACUAAUAAAUGGAGUAUGUGUGCACCCAUGUCAAAGAGGAGGGGAGGAGUGGGCGUGGCCACAUAUAACAGUUUCUUGUAUGCUGUCGGAGGACACGAUGCACCAGCUUCAAACCACUGUUCACGUCUCUCUGAUUGUGUGGAGAGGUAUGACCCAAAAACAGACACAUGGACCACAGUGUCAUCUCUGAGUGUACCCCGGGAUGCAGUGGGGGUAUGUCUGCUGGGAGACAGGUUAUAUGCGGUCGGAGGAUAUGACGGUCAGACCUACUUAAACAGCGUCGAGUCCUAUGAUGCACCAAACAAUGAAUGGACUGAGGUUAGAAAAAUUGCUCAUGGGGUUUUGAUUCAUUUUAGUGCUGUCAAUCAAUUAAAACAUUUAAUUAGCUAAUCACAAAUUUUGUGAUUAAUCCCACCUAACAUUAAAGUUUUUUUAAAUACACUUUUAUAUUGCAUUAAUUCAGUCUUCA